CGACGCGCGGCGCCGAUUCGACCCGCCCGCCAUGCUCGCGACGCUUGGCCAGUCCGCCGCGCGCCUCCACGACCGCAGCGAGAGCUUUGCCAGUGCCUUUGUCGAGGGCCUCCCGCUCGACGUCGUGGCUGCCGGCCACGCGGAAGUGGCAGGGAUAGCAGCUGGAUCAGGAGCAGGAGCAGGGUCAGGAACAGGAGCGGGGGCAGGAGCAGCGGCGGGGACAAGCAACGGGCAGGAGGUCGACGCCGCGUUUGUGCGCCAGUACCGCUCGAUGCGGACAGUGUACCACAAACGCAACAUCAUGGCCGACCGGUGGGCCAAGGGGAGCGUGUCGUGAUGUAAGAGUGCAAUUGCAGUAAAAGAUAAUGAUACAGUGCAUGAUUGAAGAGUAGA